AUGGUGUUGACAGAAAAUGAGGAGGUACAGCUCUUAGAAAAGGCAGAUCUGAGAUUCGUGCUUGCUGCAUCUGAAGAGGCAUUGGAACGCAAUCUGGACAUAUUCUUUCCGGCAGUGUUGCUGAAGCUCUCAUCGGAACAUGCUUCAGUGCGACAAAUGGUAUUCCAAGUUGUGAAAAAUGUGAUGGGUCGCAUAAGCUCAUUGAAAAGCGUCAAGCUGCCCACUGCCAAGCUCAUCGCUCAAGCACAAGAGAAGUCAGGCAAUUGGCCCGCUGUUGGACAGUAUAGUCUCUUGUUUGCCUCACGAGGUGUGGAUCGCAUGGAUGUUGAGGAGAAGCGGGAUCUGGUGCCACAAGUAAUCUCAAAUUUCUCGUCUCUUCCGGAAUCUUUAAAACCUCGCAUGUUCAAUAUUCUGUGCAAACUGCUCUUGAGCUGGAAGGGACCACCAAGGACCACACUUGAGGAACAAAAUACGCGCAAGCUGCUGGAUGUGGGCUCAAUGGAAGACAAACAAGUUUUGCUGGAGAAAUUUACGCAAUUUUUUUUCCUAAAAUCGCUUCAGGCCGACCGAGAAGCUAAUGUCAUUCCGCGUGGUUAUAGUUGUCCUGGGCUUAGUGUUCCUGAUGUUGAAUUCUUCACCUACAACGCAGGUGUGAGUUUCAACAAAGAGCAUCUACUGGCCUACAAAGAAGCCAUUUUUCGCUUUGUUAUCAGCGGCUUCCUACCACAAGACAUGCAGGCUAAAUUUCUAACAGUGGUAUCGACCGAUAAUUCUGAUCUUUCCAACCAGGCUAGUGAAUUUUUGAAGAGGGUUCAUAUUUUUCACGAAGAUGAGCAAUUCAUCGCAAGCUUGAUUACUCUUUACAUGGGCGACAAAGACUCGGGCAGGCCCCCUGUGGCGCCGGUUUUGCAAGAGAAAUUACUUUCCAUUUUGACGAUGAGUACCUUGGCCACCAAGGAUUUUAGGGCAGUCAGUGUAAUAUCAUCUGUUGGGUUGAACUCACCACUUUUUAAAUUACGAUCUACGGCAUUGAAUUUCAUUCAACAUGUCGCAACGCAUAACCACGCUGCCUUGGCAAUUCAGGACAAUACUUCCGAUUUUUCGACAAAUAUAGCAUCACAGAUUCGUAAUAAUCUGCAUAACGAAGGAUGGCCCCUCUACCAGCUUAAUUCAUCUGUCCCUAACUUCGGACAAAGUCUAGAACAGAGGCGAAAGCAGUAUGAAACCCUAGGGGUGAUAUUAAAGCAAGAUGAAGCCUAUGUUCAAGAUCUCUCUUUUGUCGAAUUUCUGCUGGACUCAUUGAGGGGUGAUUUGAGCAUUUUCAGAGUGACUAUUCAGGACGCCCUGACAUCGUUAAGUCCGCUCAUGAAAACACUCUCUGACCAAAUGAAGGAAAAGCUCAAGGCAAUUGCAAUGAAAAUUUUAAAUGACAACGUCGACUUAUAUCACGGCAGUCCAGACAAUAAGGAGGCGCUCAUGUUUUGCAGAAUCGUGAUGAUCAAAUUCGUCAACUCUACAUUUCCUUUUGAAGAUCCCGAAGCCAGACUUCUCAAUGUGAUGGGCACAUGCAAAGACAAUCGUCUCGAUGUCAGAGAGGAAUCGUCCAAAGGUCUACACCCUUACUGGUACAAAGUCUCCCAGUCCUACAAUGCUCAACGUUCCAGUCCAUCUUAUCAAAAAGCCGGUGGUAACAUUGAAGAGGUUUUGUUUCCUGGCACAGAGAAAUUAUUACUUGCAUUUGUAUCCAAACUGAGGGGCCGUGGAUCCGGACGCCUUGACGCGGUUAAUCAAACCUUAAGCGAGGCCACCAGAUUCAUAUUUAGAAGCUUGGUGAGUCAGGUCACCUCGAGAGAAAAAAAGUAUUUUAUAGCUCAAGAUGAGCAUUGGCUCUUACGGGUCGAAAAUACGUUGCAGACCAGUGAGAAUGUGAAGUCAUUAGUAAAGAAUGAAAUUGCAGGAAUAAGCGAAGAGGUUAUGCUCAACUUUCUCACGAUCUUGAUAGAGGAAUUAGUUGAUGAGAAGAGCGCAACAAAUGAAAACCAAACAGAUAGCGAAGCUAUCCGUUAUGGGUCGCUGGUCGUGUUUUUUGCUGAAUAUGCGAAGAAAAGCACCAUCCAGGAGUUACGUGGUUUGAUUCACAAGAUUCAAAAAGCAUUAGAAAAAGAAUACUUAUUUUCGGAAGAAGACACCGAUGUUAUUGCAAGAUUAUUUGGUGUCCUCUUUGCUGUUUCCUCCAACGAUGACGAGGUAGCUAGCUUGCUUAAAGGUACUAACGUUCCAGUGGAGUCUAAAUCAUUUGUCUGGGCAUUGCAUUCUGCGAGCUACUCUGUUCCUCUUAGUGUCUUGCACGGGAAUACGUUGGAUAACGAACAGUUUCGCUGCUAUAUUGAAAAAUUGAAGGAAGCUGCGACAAAAUCGCAGAUACAUUCAGUUGCAAUGAGAGGCUUAAAUCCGUUAUUGAAGUAUGGCCUUUUAAACUUAUUGAAAGAAUCCUCAAGACUAUCUCUACUUGAAGGACUCUCAACAUUGUUCCGGAAAAACCUUUUGAGAAACCGUGAUUCUGUAUUUCUUUGGGCACUGCUGUCACUAUAUGCCACUGAUGAACAAAAGCUUGAGAAUUACUUUGGAGCUUUACAGAGUUCGCAUGACUCAAAGGAGCUGGAAUUCCAGUUCUACACUGGUGAGGCAAUUUCUAUUGUGGCAGGAGGAUGGAAGUCUAAAGUUCUCAUUAAUGAAAGUUGCUUGGACGAGAGGUCGAUUUCAAAUCUAGAUUCUAAAUUCAACGAUAAGUCUGCUGACAGCAUUCUACUCAAAUUAGUCGAGUUUUGUAGGGCCACAAAACCAUCCCUACGAAAAGCUGCUUGUAUUUGGCUCUUAUGCUUUGUUCAGUACCUGGGAAAUGCAGAUGCGGUACGUGUCAGGGCGGAAGAGAUACAUUUAUGUUUUGUUCGGUUCUUGGCAGAAACCGAUGAUAUUGUCCAAGACUCUGCUUGCAGAGGCCUUGGCCUUAUUUAUGAUUUGUGCGACACGAACAAGCAAGAAAGUAUGUUAAGAGGAUUAUUGAAAUCUUUCGUCGAUCCCAAAGCCACAACGGGCAUAGUUCCAGGUACAGUCAAUUCUGAGACACAGCUAUUCGAGCCUGGGACGCUCAACACCAAUGAGGGAUCAUUGACAACAUACAAAGAUAUUUUAAAUUUGGCAAGCGAAGCUGGCGAUCCCUCUAUGGUUUAUAAGUUCAUGCCUCUCGCAAAAAGCUCGGCGCUAUGGACGUCAAGAAAAGGAAUGGCUUUUAGUCUCACGUCAAUGUUUUCGAAGGUAUCUCUAGAGGACCUUCUUUUGUCGAAUCGGACAUCGGCUGAGAAGCUCAUUCCUCUUCUUUACAGAUAUCGCUUCGAUCCCUAUCGGAAUGUUGCAGAUGCCAUGAACGGAAUUUGGCAAACCUUAAUCAAGAGCACUGUUGAGACUGUCGAAACUUUCCAUGACCCUAUAUUGGAAGAGGUUCUUGCGGGAAUGGGUGCCAAGGAUUGGAGAGUAAGGGAAGCCAGCUCCUACGCUUUAUUGGAUCUCUUGAGCUAUAGCAGCGAUGCCUCCUAUUGUGAAAAUCUUGAAGCGAUAUGGACUAUGGCUUUUAGAGUCAUGGACGAUGUCAAGGAAACUGUGCGAUCCGCUGGUCUUAAGCUCACCAAGGUUCUUUCCUCAUCUCUCCUAAGAGUUUCACGCAAAAUUGCUGAUCAAGCUAGUUCUCAAGAAACGCUCAGUAGGAUCAUAUCAUUAUUUUUGGGCUCAAAAGGCUUGAACAGUGAUGCAGAGGAAGUGAAAAAUGUGGCACUCAAGACGUUGAUGAAAUUGAUCGAGGAGGCUGGGGACACGCUCAGGAAGUUUGCGCCCAUGUUAAUCUACGAAUUUUUGAUGUUACAGUCGUCACUCGGACCGCAGGAAAUCAACUACUUAACGUUGAAUGCCGAUAAGUACAACAUCAGUGCUAAUGCAGUCGACCUACAAAUAGCUUCUGCCAUACAAAGCUCUCCCAUAAUGAGAAGCGUGGAACAACUUAUCAAAUUAUGCAGCGGCGAACUCUUACCUACUAUGGUUGAAAAGAUGAUUUUGGCGUCCAAAAAAUGUAUCGGCCUUCCUUCAAAAAUUGGAUGCACUAGAUCAAUCGACCUACUUGUAAGCUCGUACCCUUUCGAAUUGAAGCCAUUUGGCGCCAAACUCUUGAAGGCUUGUAUGCUUGGUCUAAGCGAUAGAAAUCAAGUCGUCCGUGAGGCGUACGCAACAGCCCUGGGCCGCGUCUGCAAACUGUGCACGCCGGAAAGAAUCAGCAAAUACGUGGGCAAGCUCAUAAGCAGAUUUAUGGACGCGGAAAAUGAAUCUGAUCGUCUCAUAGUUGGGCUAGCAAUCGAAUCCAUUUACAAGUACUCAGCAUCUAUGUUUGACAGUGUGGCAUCGGCAUUUUUGCCGUUUAUAUUUGUUGCAAAGCAUAGCAGCGGUAAUGUCAUGGAGGUUUUCACCAGAAUCUGGAAUGAGGUGGCAUCAUCGGGUGCAGGAACUGUGCGUUUACACCUUGCUGAGAUUGUGAACUUGGCGAGCGGAAAUCUCAAGUCACCUUUUUUUGACGUGAGAUUGAUGUGUGCGAAGAGUGUUUGUGAUGUUUGCACAUAUGCGCUGCCAAGUACUUCCGAAAAGCUCAUUGAGCAGCUUUGCAUCGUAUUACUCAAAGCAUUGGAGGGUCGCUCUUGGCAAGGUAAAGAAGUUGUGAUAGACUCGCUAGUGUCGCUGGCGACCAAGUUUAACGUUGUUCUGAUCAACAAAGAGGAACAAAAAACGGGUAUUGAAACACGUCUUCUAAAUGAGUUGGCAAGAGACAACCAGCAAUACGUACGCGAAGUUCUGCUGCUUAUUUUUCCAUUUGUCAAGAGCUUUUCAAGUUUAGUCCUGUUCGAGAAGUGUCUAAUAGUUGCGCAAAAAGUGAUUACUGAUAUUGACGACAGUGGAGUGAACAUGGAGGUUGGAGAUGCCGACCUUGAUGGCAGUCAUAAGAAACAAAGAUUGACAUCAAGUAUCACUCGAAAAUCGCAGAAAGAUAAUCUGGUGAACGAAGAAUACAAGAUCAAACUUUUGAAGGAAUGUGCUGGUGUGUUUGAAUUUUCUGUGGUCAAUGGACAGUCUGCUGCUCUUUUGGAGUUUCUUAGGAGUUCCACAAUUGGUCUUUUUCAUUCUCAAAGCAUCGUGAACACUUGGAGAAGUCAAAUAGCAGUUUCUGAAAUCGGCUCUAUUGUUGCCCGGGCUGCCGGAGGUAGCUCGGACAGUGAAAUUACCCAAUUUUUGAGAGACAUUUGGUAUAAAUCCUUUGAGGAAGCUACUGAAGAAGAAGCUAUAGAAAACGUUAAAAUUCAAUGCGUUAAGUUUGGAAGCACGCUCAUGGAAAAGAACGUUUCUUUCAAAUUUGUUGUAGUGAAUAACUUACUCGAGAUGCUGCGUUCUGGACCAACACCUCAAGUUGCUGCCGUGCUUAACAACGCAGGAAUUGCGUAA